GUGUAACUUGCUAAAUAAAGUGUACUUGAUUCCCGACAGUUUGCCCAAAACAUUUUUUUCUCUCAAAACCCUUUUUCUGUCCCAAAACCCUCUCAGCGCCUCCUUUAGCCUCGUCCAUAAAAACUUAUCUUUCUUUCUCACAAUUAUCAUUCAUCAAAUUUGUAGAAAUUCUAUAAUAUUUCUCUUCAAUCCACAAUAUGGGUUAUAGUAUUCAUCAAUUUUCUGACAAAUUGAUAUCAACAUCACUUUCUAAACCCAGAAAUCCGUACUUCGCCAAAUCUUCAUCUUCCCGAAUCACCCGUUUUCAUUCAAAGAUCAAAUCUUUUCCAUCGUUUUCAUCUAAAAAUUUGAAUAUUAAUUCUUCAGGCAAUAAGUUAUGGAGAUUGAAGACAUGGGCAUCUUCAAUUAGGUGCGAGAAUGGUGCAAAACAAAAAACCAAUGUGCAAAAAACUGGUAAAAGAACUGACUUGAAGAAGAUUUUGAUAUUGGGUGCAGGACCAAUUGUGAUUGGACAAGCUUGUGAAUUUGAUUAUUCAGGAACACAAGCUUGUAAAGCUUUGAAAGAAGAAGGGUAUGAAGUUGUUCUGGUAAAUUCUAACCCUGCAACUAUUAUGACUGAUCCAGAAUUGGCUGAUAGAACAUAUAUAACUCCAUUAGAACAUGAUUUAGUUGUACAAAUAUUGGAAAAGGAAAAACCUGAUGCUUUACUUCCUACAAUGGGGGGUCAAACUGCUUUAAAUUUAGCUGUUGCAUUAGCUGAAAGUGGAGCAUUAAGUAAGUAUGGGGUAGAGUUAAUUGGGGCUAAAUUAGAUGCUAUUAAAAAAGCUGAAGAUAGGGAGUUAUUUAGGGACGCAAUGAAAAAUAUUGGUGUAAAAACACCACCUUCGGGUAUUGGAACAACUAUUGAUGAGUGUCUUGAGAUUGCUAGUGAAAUUGGGGAGUUUCCAUUGAUUAUUAGACCUGCCUUUACAUUGGGAGGAACAGGGGGCGGUAUCGCCUAUAAUAAGGAGGAGUUUGAGACUAUUUGUAAGUCAGGUUUGGCUGCUAGCUUAACCAAUCAAGUUUUGGUUGAGAAAUCUUUGUUGGGUUGGAAAGAGUAUGAACUUGAGGUUAUGAGGGAUUUAGCUGAUAAUGUGGUUAUCAUAUGUUCUAUUGAGAAUAUUGAUGCCAUGGGAGUUCAUACUGGGGAUUCCAUUACAGUGGCUCCUGCUCAGACCUUGACUGAUAAAGAAUAUCAGCGUUUGAGGGAUUACUCUAUUGCUAUUAUUAGGGAAAUUGGAGUUGAAUGUGGGGGUUCUAAUGUUCAGUUUGCUGUUAAUCCAAAUGAUGGGGAAGUUAUGGUUAUUGAGAUGAAUCCUAGGGUGUCACGAUCGUCUGCACUCGCUUCGAAAGCUACUGGUUUUCCUAUUGCUAAAAUUGCUGCCAAGUUGUCUGUUGGUUAUUCUUUGGAUCAGAUUCCAAAUGACAUUACUAGGAAGACUCCUGCUAGCUUUGAGCCUUCUAUUGAUUAUGUGGUUACAAAGAUUCCUCGAUUUGCAUUUGAGAAAUUCCCUGGUUCCCAGCCAGUACUAACAACUCAGAUGAAGUCUGUUGGUGAAGCCAUGGCUUUAGGUCGUACAUUUCAGGAGUCUUUUCAAAAGGCAGUCAGAUCUCUCGAACUUGGCUACUCCGGUUGGGGUUGUGCCAAUGUAAAGGAAUUGGAUUGGGACUGGGAACAGCUCAAGUACAACCUCCGUGUUCCUAACCCUGAUCGAAUUCAUGCUAUCUAUGCUGUGAUGAAGAAAGGCAUGACAAUUGAUGAAAUUCAUGAGUUGAGUUUUGUGGAUAAAUGGUUUCUUACACAGCUCAGACAGCUAGUUGAUUUCGAGCAAUUCCUUUUAACUCAUAAACUCUCUGAUCUCUUGAAGGAUGAUUUCUACGAACUAAAAAAAAGAGGUUUCAGUGACAAGCAGAUAGCUUUUGCUACUAAAUCAACGGACAAAGGUGUUCGUUGUGCAAGGCUAUCUCUUGGGGUUGCCCCAGUUUAUAAGCGUGUCGAUACAUGUGCUGCAGAAUUUGAAGCUAAUACUCCUUACAUGUAUUCAUCUUAUGAUUUUGAGUGCGAAUCGUCUCCCACACAGAAGAAAAAGGUUUUGAUCCUUGGUGGUGGACCAAACCGUAUUGGUCAAGGGAUUGAGUUUGACUACUGCUGUUGCCAUACUUCAUUUGCCCUUCAGAAAGCUGGGUAUGAGACCAUCAUGAUGAAUUCAAACCCCGAAACAGUGUCCACAGAUUAUGACACAAGUGAUCGGCUUUAUUUUGAACCUCUUACAGUUGAAGAUGUUAUUAACGUCAUUGAUCUUGAACGACCUGAUGGUAUCAUUGUGCAGUUUGGUGGUCAAACCCCUUUGAAGCUUGCACUGCCUAUUCAACAGUAUUUGGAAGAGAACAAGCUUAUGAGUGCCAGUGGGGCAGGGCCAGUUCGUAUAUGGGGAACAUCUCCCGAUUCCAUUGAUGCAGCCGAGGAUAGGAAAAGGUUCAACGCUAUUUUAGAUGAGCUGAAGAUUGAACAACCUAAGGGAGGCAUUGCUAGGAGUGAAGCUGAUGCUCUUAAAAUUGCCGGGGAGAUUGGUUACCCUGUUGUUGUGAGACCUUCCUAUGUGCUUGGUGGUAGGGCAAUGGAAAUCGUAUAUAAUGACGAAAAACUGGUGACUUAUCUUGAGAAUGCUGUUAAGGUGGAUCCUGAGUUGCCUGUUUUGAUCGACAAAUAUCUCAUUGAUGCCAUUGAAAUUGAUGUUGAUUGUUUGGCUGAUUCAUAUGGCAAUGUGGUCAUUGGUGGGAUAAUGGAGCACAUCGAGCAAGCUGGGGUCCAUUCUGGUGAUUCAGCUUGUUUUCUUCCCACCAAAACCAUUUCAUCUUCGAGCCUAGAGACCAUUAGAUCAUGGACCAUGAAAUUGGCGAAACGGCUGAACGUUUGUGGACUCAUGAAUUGUCAAUAUGCCAUCACAUCAUCAGGGGAUGUUUUCUUGCUUGAGGCUAAUCCUCGUGCAUCACGCACAGUUCCGUUUGUAUCCAAGGCAAUUGGCCAUCCAUUAGCUAAAUAUGCUUGUUUGGUCAUGUCCGGAAAAUCUCUUAGUGAUUUGAAUUUCACUAAGGAGGUUAUCCCGAAGCAUGUAUCAGUUAAAGAAGCAGUCCUCCCAUUUGAGAAGUUUUCAGGCUGUGAUGUAUUGUUAGGCCCUGAGAUGCGCAGUACUGGUGAAGUUAUGGGUAUUGCCUUCGACUACUCACUCUCGUUUGCUCUUGCCCAAAUUGCUGCUGGGCAGAAGUUGCCGUUCUCCGGGAAUGUGUUCUUGAGUUUGAACGAUUUAACAAAAAGUCAUCUUCUACCUAUCGCCCGUGCCUUCCUUGACAUCGGGUUCCACAUCGUCUCUACCUCUGGAACAGCCCGUAUUCUUGAACUAGAAGGCAUUCCUGUCGAACGGGUGUUGAAGAUGCAUGAAGGGAGACCCCAUGCAGGGGAUAUGGUUGCAAAUGGGGAGAUCAACUUGAUGGUGAUUACAAGCUCUGGUGACGAUCUCGAUCAAAUUGACGGACGAGCUCUGAGGAGGAUGGCUUUAGCAUACAAAGUGCCAAUAAUAACGACUGUUGCCGGUGCUCUAGUGACAGCUGAGGCAAUCAAGACUUUGAAGUCUAGUCCAGUGCAAAUGUAUGCACUUCAGGACUUUUUCCAAGACAAGGUUGCAAGUGACAAAUCUAAGAGUCUGCAAUCUGUGUCUUGAACUUCAUCAUUUUGGUUCAAGUUAGGUAAUAACUUUAGUUUUCCACUAUUUAUAGUGGGUAAGUUAAGUUAUCUUUUCUAAGCUUAUUUUUCUCUUUAGUCUUAUUUGUAUCAUAGAUUGGUGAUUGAACUUUGAUCUUUGUUUCAAUUAAUGCCCAUAAAUGGUGAACUUUGAUCGAAAAAUAUGUUGCUGUG